CCAAGGAAGUUCCAUUAUUAAUGAAGAUUAUAUUUUGUGAACAUCACCAUUUGAUAUCUCGGCCCCUCUCCUCACAGUCACUGCUGGCCUUUCUGCCCUACUAUGGCAGACCCGGCGCUUGAAAAAGACACAAGUCUGGGCGAUCCGGUGGCCGAAACUCAAGACAGACCUAGGCAUGAUGAGCCUGUCGCCGAGGAGAAGGAGAUCGCAGAGAUCAAAGAGACCACAAACGAAAAUGUGAAGGGGGAUAAACUUUUCGAGGACCACGAGUCCAUCCGAGAAGCGCAGAGGACGGACGGCACAGGGUUGGACAGGACGAAGAGCGUUGCCACAGAUGCCAGCGCCACAACGGCAGCGACCAGCCGCCACACAGAUAGUCGGCGAAAGGCCUGGUACCAGAAGGCCAAUCCCCUACGCUGGGGAAGGUCCAGGCCCGUUCCCACGGAGAAAACGGUUUGUCCCGAGCACCGGGCUGGUUUCUUCAGCCAGUUGAUCUUCCAAUGGAUGAAUCCACUGAUGACGGUAAAUACGCGGAGGAGCAACCGCCUGCCAGCCAAUAUACCUAUUACACCGGAGAAUGCAUGACUGAUUUGGGAUUACAGACGGGAUACAAACGUCCACUCGAGUUCGCAGACAUCUGGAGUGUGAACCCCGAUCGGGGCGUCGAGCCUUUGACGGCCAAGAUGAGGGCCUCGUUCAAACGGCGCAUGGAUCGGGGUGACAAGUACCCCCUCUUCUGGGCCGUGCAUGAGACAUUCUUCUUCGAAAUCUGGCUGGGCGGUUCUUGCCAGCUCAUGUCCGCCAUCCUGCAGUUCAUGUCCCCCUUCAUUCUGCGGUACCUCAUCCAGUUCGCCACAGACGCAUACAUUGCCAGCAAACAGGGCUUGCCCGCUCCGCACAUUGGCGUCGGCCUGGGCCUGGUUUUCGGCAUCACCAUAAUGCAGAUGUUGCAGAGUCUGGGCACCAACCACUUCAUCUACCGGGGUAUGCUCGUCGGCGGGAUGACAAGGGCUACUCUCAUCAGCCUGAUUUACGAGAAGUCCAUGGUGAUCUCCGGACGAGCCAGGGCCGGGGGCGCCGAACUCCCGGACAUACCAGCAGCCGUAAAUGCGGCGGAGAAGGAGGACAAGAAGGACGGGAAGAAGAAGGGAGAGAAAAAGGGAGAGAAAGGAGGUCCUGGGGCUGCGGUGGGCGAUGGCAUUGGCUGGGGCAACGGGAGGGUUGUCAACCUGAUGAGCGUCGACACUUACCGUAUCGACGUAGCGUGUGGCCUGUUCCACGUCGUUUGGACGGCCCCCAUAUCCUGCAUCGGGACGCUAAUUCUCCUCAUCGUCAACCUGACCUACAGCGCCCUUGCAGGCUUCGCCCUGUUGGUCAUCGGUAUGCCGCUGCUCACAGCAGCCAUUAAGAGCCUCUUCGCCCGACGAAAGGCGAUUAACACCAUCACCGACCAGCGAGUCAGCCUGACCCAGGAGAUCCUGCAGUCGGUCCGCUUUGUCAAAUUCUUCGGCUGGGAGAGCUCCUUCCUCAAGCGGCUCGAGGAAUUCCGCGGCAGAGAGAUAUCUGCCAUCCAGAUCGUUCUAGCCAUUCGAAACGGCAUCAUGGCCAUCAGCUUGUCGCUCCCCAUCUUCGCCUCGAUGCUCUCCUUUGUCACGUACUCCCUGUCGCACCACAACCUUGCGCCUGCCGAGGUCUUCUCUUCUCUCGCGCUAUUCAACGGUCUGAGAAUGCCGCUCAACCUGCUUCCCCUCGUCAUCGGUCAGGUCACCGAUGCCUGGUCGUCGUUUGGACGUAUCCAGGAAUUCCUGCUCGCCGAGGAGGGCGAAGAGGAAGUGGCCUGGAAACCCGAUGGCCCGAAUGCCGUGGAGAUGCAUGACACGAGCUUCACGUGGGAGAGAACGCCUACGCAGGAGUCCGAAGGGACCGUGGAGAAGAAGGGAAGGCCUGGCAAGGGAGGCGUCAAGGGAGACGAUCUUGCCGGCGGGAAGCGCCCCAGAUCUUCCGACGCGAGUUCUGGUGAGGAUGCUAGCACGCUUGUCGAGGAGCGAGAACCCUUCAAGCUCCAUGAUCUGGAGUUUGAGAUCGGCCGCAACGAGCUGGUUGCCGUCAUCGGGACGGUAGGGAGUGGAAAGAGCUCGCUGCUCGCUGCUCUGGCUGGCGAUAUGCGCAAGACUAGCGGCGAGGUCGUGUUGGGAGCCACGAGAGCCUUUUGUCCCCAGUAUGCCUGGAUCCAAAAUGCGACCGUGCGGGAGAAUAUACUGUUUGGGAAGGACAUGGACUGGGACUGGUAUAGGGAGGUCAUUAAGGCAUGCGCAUUGCAACCAGAUAUGGACAUGCUGCCCAAUAAUGACAUGACCGAGAUCGGGGAGAGGGGUAUCACCAUUUCAGGUGGGCAGAAACAGCGACUCAACAUCGCCAGGGCCAUCUACUUCGACGCAGAUAUCGUUCUGAUGGACGAUCCUCUGAGUGCGGUCGACGCCCAUGUCGGUCGUCACAUCUUUGAUAAUGCCAUCCUCGGCUUGCUCAAGGACAAGUGCCGCAUCCUCGCCACUCACCAGCUGUGGGUUUUGGCCAGAUGUGACCGGAUCAUCUGGAUGGAGGGAGGCAAGAUCCAGGCCGUCGAUACCUUCGACAACCUCAUGAAGAACUCGGCCGACUUCCAGCAGCUGAUGGAAUCCACUUCCACGGAGGAGAAACAGGAGGAUGACCCGGCGGGCGUCGUGCCUGGCGAUAACGGCGGCGACAAGAAGAAGAGGAAGAAGGGCAAAGCUCUGAUGCAGUCGGAAGAACGAGCCGUAUCGAGCGUUCCGUGGUCCGUUUACGGCGCAUAUAUCAGGGCGUCAGGGUCGAUCCUGAACGCACCGUUCACCCUUACCCUCUUGAUCCUCUCGCAAGGCGCCAACAUCAUGACCAGCUUGUGGCUUUCAUACUGGAUAUCGGACAGAUUCGGCCUGACCAUGGGCGUUUACAUCGGCGUCUAUGCGGCGCUCGGCGCCAUCCAGGCGAUAUUGAUGUUCGCCUUCAUGUUCGCGCUCUCCGUCUUCGGCACGGCCGCCAGCAAGACGAUGCUGCGGCUCGCCAUCACGAGGGUCCUCCGCGCCCCCAUGUCUUUCUUCGACACGACGCCUCUGGGCCGGAUCACCAAUCGCUUCAGCAGAGACGUCGAUGUCAUGGACAACAACUUAUCCGAUGCCAUGCGCAUGUAUUUCUUCAGCAUCGCCGCCAUCAUCGCCGUGUUCGCGCUGAUCAUCGCCUUCUUCCACUACUUCGCCAUCGCCCUGGUCCCCCUCUUCCUCCUCUUCUUGUUCGCCACAAGCUACUACCGGUCCUCGGCGCGAGAAGUCAAGCGAUUCGAGUCGGUGCUGCGGUCGACGGUCUUUGCCAAGUUCGGCGAGGGCCUGUCCGGCGUUGCCUGUAUCCGGGCGUACGGGUUGAAGGACAAGUUCGUUUCUGACCUCAGGAAGGCCGUCGACGAGAUGGAUUCCGCCUACUUCCUGACCUAUUCGAACCAGAGGUGGCUCUCCGUCCGGCUUGACAUGGUCGGGAACUGCCUCGUCUUCACCACGGGCAUCCUGGUUGUCACCUCGCGGUUCUCCGUGACGCCCUCGAUCGCCGGUCUGGUGCUGUCCUACAUCCUGUCGAUCGUCCAGAUGAUCCAGUUCACCGUCCGCCAGCUCGCCGAGGUCGAGAACGGCAUGAACGCGGUCGAGCGGCUGCUGUACUACGGGACCGAGCUCGAGGAGGAGGCCCCCCUCAAGACGGUCGAGGUGCGCAAGAGCUGGCCGGAGAAGGGUGAGAUCAUCUUCGACAACGUCGAGAUGCGGUACCGGGCCGGGCUCCCGCUCGUCCUCUCGGGGCUGAGCAUGCACGUGCGCGGCGGCGAGCGCAUCGGCAUCGUCGGGCGGACCGGCGCGGGCAAGAGCUCCAUCAUGUCGACGCUGUUCCGCCUCGUCGAGCUGUCGGGCGGCCACAUCACCAUCGACGGCCUCGACAUCUCCACCAUCGGCCUGCAGGACCUCCGGUCCAGGCUCGCCAUCAUCCCCCAGGACCCGACCCUCUUCCGCGGCACCGUGCGCAGCAACCUGGACCCCUUCAACGAGCACACCGACCUGGAGCUCUGGUCCGCCCUCCGCCAGGCCGACCUCGUCCCGGCCGACGGCGGGCCUGCCAAUUCCCACCCCGCCGCAGCCGCCGCCGACGACAGCGUGGACUCCAAACCCCUCCCCGACAACGCCGUGGCGGCGGCCCCGGCAGCGCGCGACCCCUCGCGCAUCCACCUCGACAGCGUGGUGGAGGAGGACGGGCUCAACUUCUCGCUAGGCCAGCGGCAGCUGAUGGCGCUGGCGCGGGCGCUGGUGCGGGGGUCGCGCAUCAUCGUGUGCGACGAGGCGACCUCGUCGGUGGACAUGGAGACGGACGACAAGAUCCAGGCGACCAUGGCGGUGGCGUUCCGGGGCAAGACGCUGCUGUGCAUCGCGCACCGGCUGCGCACCAUCGUCGGCUACGACCGCAUCUGCGUCAUGGACAGGGGCCGCAUCGCCGAGAUGGACUCGCCGCUGGCGCUGUGGGCCCGCGAGGACGGCAUCUUCAGGGGCAUGUGCGACCGCAGCGGGAUCCGCGUCGAGGACAUUCGCGGCGCGAGGGACCUGAUUGGAGAUCCCGGGGUGAAUGAUAGAUAGAUGGGAUGGAUGGGGCUGGAAAAAGAAAACGUGGAGUCUUUUGCGCAUCCACACACUGUAUAUAAUCUCCGUAUGUAAUAAGAAACAGCAUUAAAAAGUCUUAGACCAGGGGAUGUCGUGAACGCCGG